CCACAUCCUGGAGAAGUGGCCUUUACUUUCCUGAUUCUAGUCGAGUUGACGUAUUGCAUUGACCGCAUCCUUUCAGACCUUGUAACCAUUUUCCCCUUCUAUAUAUUGUCUCUAUAUUCCAUCACGACCUUCAAAUCGUCAGGAUGGGCAACAAGCAAUCUACACCGCAAAGACGCAACACGGACAAUCCUGAGGAGCAACUUCAAUAUCAUACACCUCGCGGCCCAGUUGCUGCAAAAGACUUGUCGGAGCAUCUUCAGGGCGUACCUCCGCCCGGCACACGCACUCGAUCCCAAUACCCUCAUGCCUUUCGUGGUAGACAGGCCUGGAACACAGAAGUAAAGACCUUUGACGACUACGUCACGGGCCCAGGUCGAUCUCAGGGGCCAACCGGCCCCAUGCAGGAGUACCCCAUCCCGCAACCCGGUCAACAAUUUAAUUUUCAGUACGACCGCCGCACCCAGCCAGCGGCUCAGGCAAAUCGAGUACUUCAUCACAAUGAACGAGCAAACGUGAUGGGGCCUGCCAACGGACAUGGCCCGAACGAUCCCAUGCAAACUCGGGCUGCUGUUCGCGUGGCGCAAGUCAAUGGCAAAGAGCAGAUUGCUGUCGUUGGUGUCAUGGCUCAUCCGCCGGGGGACCCAAGAAAACUGGUGCGAGCGCCACUUGAGCCUCUUGGCCGUGAAGGUCGGCAAGAGAUGGCGCGGCACGCGGAUGAACGUGGUCGCAUCCAAACGUACCCACCCCGUGGUAUAGACUCUCAAAUCUAUGCAGAUGCCGAAACAAGAUCUGGGAGGGUACGGCCGCCCGCUCAUCCAGAGAUGAGGGUGUGAUGAGACCGGCACCCGUCGAAUACGUGACGAUAGCAGUAUAUAUGUAUGCUAAGUCAUUUAGCCUGAGCUGGUUGUUAACCUAGUGGCAUAUUGAGACUUUAAGUCUGGCGUCCAGGCGGCACUUGGUGACAAAGAUGCUUCAUGGAGGAGGGAUUAGGAAUCAGGUUCUUUCGGGUAAUACAAGGCUCUGUUUCCAAAUUUAAUUCCGAUUCUCAAGUCGCUAUCUUCCUCAGCCAGACCUAAGUAUCCAGCAAGAUAUGUGAUUCGCUGUUAUCACUGUAUGUCCACAUGCCCAGAAUCACUC